ACUCGAUCUGCAAGCGUGGGUUUUGGAUUCAUCAUGUCAUCACCAUAGAUUACUAGGCACCUUAGAUUGACACUUGUUCCUGCUCGCAGACCGUGUACUGGGUGGACGAGUGAGGAGCGUCGUCCUCCUCCAGACCAGAAACAUCCGGGUUACAUUAUCAUGAUUAUCGAGCAACAGCGAGGACAGGUGAUGUGAGUGGAAUGUUAUUGUGUAACCUGGUUUCUAAUCCUUCUCCAAACUCUGGAUAACGAGCCAUGUCCAACGAUAACGUCCCUUCAACAAGCCAUGUUCCCAAACACUACAUCAAUCAACGACUCUCAUAUAACGAUGCUGCCUGUACAGUUCGGUGGAUCGGAACCCUACCCAAGACCACAGGGACAUGGCUAGGGGUGGAAUGGGAUGAUGUCAGCCGCGGGAAACACGAUGGCACCUACGACGGGCGACGUAUCUUUCGAUGUAUCACACCUGACGACACUACAGCAGCGAGUUUUGUGCGGCCAAGUCGAAAGCCAGACGAAGUCAGGACUUUGAUGGAGGCAAUCAAGCGGAAAUAUAGCAGCGGAAUCGGUCAAGACAAAGAGAAACGAGCCCCUGGCGCUGCUGCUGACGUGGGAGGAGAACAAGGACGACAUGAAAUCGUGGUGUCUGGUAAGGUCGUCGAAGAAGUCGGCUUUGACAAAAUUUCCGCCCAACUCUCCGAUCUAGCAGAACUGAGGAUUGUUCUGGUGGAUGAGUUACGGGUCGGAGGCGUGACGAGGAAAGACGAGGGUUGGACGGAGAAGGAGAUGGAGGAAGCGCAGGAGGAAUUGCGCCGUGUGUGCCCAAAGAUUGUCGAAUUGGACGUCGGCUGGAAUCUGAUGGAGAGUUGGGAAGAGGUGCUCGAGAUGUGUGUGCCGUUUGAGAGAUUGAAGAUUCUGAAAGCCAGUGGAUUAAGAUUAUGGGAUCUGGAGAGCCACAAGGAUGGUCGAACGAGGCGUUUCGAAACGGUGCAAGAACUGCAUCUCAAUGAAUGUCUGCUGCGAUCUGAUCAGAUCCCUUCGUUGUUGUCUUACAACGGCGAUAAAGGUCCAGUCUUCCCAGCGUUGAAGACAUUGUCCCUCAAUUCCAACGCCAUGCCUGCAUUUUCAACCACCGCCGCAGUUUCCUUCCCAAGUGUUACGACUCUCACACUCGAUAACAACCGAUUGACCGACCUCUCCAGUCUUCCAGACAUCUUCAAACUGUUUCCCGACCUCUCUACCCUUUCACUACAGGGAAAUCUGAUCUCAGACAUCAAUCUGCCCUCCUGGACGCCUCCCACUUUCCCCAGUCUCACAACAUUGAACAUUGCCGCCAACAAAGUCGCCUCAUAUCAUUUCCUCGAUUCUCUCCCCAGCAUCUUUCCCAAUCUCAGCUCUCUACGCAUAACUAGAAACCCACUGUACGACUUCGAAGGUAGUACGACUUCUACUGAAACCUCAUCUGGCAUAAAUCCUCAACAUGGGCCGUUAUCGGCGGGCGCCCAAGCCGACUCGCGCUCCUAUUACCUGACUCUAGCACGAAUACCCUCCCUAAAUUCGCUAAAUUACACCACGAUCACACCGAGGGAUCGAGAGGAGGGUGAGAUUUACUAUCUCUCUGUGGUGGACAAGGAGAUCCACGCGUUGAUAGACCCGGUCGUCCAUGCCAGCACAAGCCCUCCUCACGAGGUGAUCAGACAAGAGCUAGAGACCAUUCGAACUUCCAAUCCACUACAUGUCGUCCUCUCUGCAAAGUACGAGAGAGAUGAUCUGGUGGAAAAGUAUUCGCGACUAUUCUCUGAAAGUACGAGCGUAUCAACUUCCCUCGACCCGUCUACCGACCCAGAAUCAACCACGUUCCCCAGCCAAACCCACCGGAAGCCAUACCCUCCAUCCACUCCAGGCUCACGGCUCGUCGACGCACAUUUCAUGUUGAUACAGCCUCGACAGCCACCAACACCACAAUUCCCAGUAGACCCCCAUGCGACUUCAACACACUACAAUCGACGCAUCCCCACCACCAUCUCCGUCUACCGACUCAAAUCCCUUGUCGCGGCCUUCUUUGGUCUGCAACCAUUGAAAUUCAAACUCAUCUAUGAAUCCGACGAAUUCGAUCCCGUGGAAGUGAUUGACAAAGGCAUGGGCGGGAUUGUAAGUGAUGGUGGUGCGGCAGCAGCACCGUCUACCACGGAUAGUAAAGAACAAUUAUCCCAGGAAGAGAUACAACUAUCCGAAUGGAGACGUUGGGGUGAGUGGGACGUGGACGAUCUUGUUACUGGCGACAAAAAUGACCAGACUCCAAGUCUAGGGACUGAUGACACUCACGGAAACGAAGAGUCUGAAGACCAGACUGAAAGCGGCCAUAGCAAUGGUGAUGGUGUAUACAUCACACGCGCAGGUCAAAGAUUCAAGAAGCGGGAGACAGAGAUCCUCGAUGGUAUGAGACCAUGGGGUGACUUUCUGGACGAGGUGGCCGCGAGCCAUUUGGUCUUGUCUUCUUCGUCUCAGGCGCCACCAUCUAGUUCGGCUGUGGAGUUACUUCGAAGUGGAGGUGCGAGCGCUAUGAAUGCAUUGCGCAAGGACACCGGCACUGGUACUGGUACUGGCACCGUGACAGUCAGAUCUGUCCGAGAGGUCAGGAUUCGUGUAGAGCCUCUGUGACGGUACUGUGGGAACUCAUGAUCAAGAACAAGAGAUCGAAUCUACGCGAUAG